CUCCGCCCCUCCCUAAGCCCCGCCCCCCGCCACGUCCCGGUCGGGCUUCGCUCCCGAUCCCGAUCCUAAUCCCGGUCCCGGCCCGGCCCCUCCCCGCCGGGCCAUGGCGUUCACGCUGUACUCGCUGCUGCAGGCCUCGCUGCUCAUCGUGAACGCCGUGGCCGUGCUGCACGAGGAGCGCUUCCUGCGGCACGUUGGCUGGGGAACUGACCAAGGGAUUGGAGGAUUUGGAGAGGAACCAGGAAUUAAAGCACAGCUAAUGAACCUUAUUCGAUCAAUACGAACUGUCAUGAGAGUGCCAUUAAUAGCACUGAACUCCAUUACAAUCAUUCUCCUCCUUUUGUUUGGCUGAAGACACCUCGUGAAAAUCCUCUGGACAUCCAAAGAAGCCAGUUGCUGACCAUCACUGCUCUGAGUUUUCUGGGAUCCAGCACGGUUUAGCUCUCAAUUUGACAUCCAACUUAAAAUAAUAAAGACACUAUUUCUAUUCAUCCUAUUUCCCCAUGUUCCCUUUCAGUUUCAUUAACCAAGAUCACGGGGAUCAAUGCAACAAUGCUGCAAAUGUGUUGGACUGUGACAAGUUCUGUUUCUGCCUGUUCAUAGUGUUGAUGUCAUAGAAUAUUGCAGUGACUGUUAAUAUAAGAUGCAGUUUUUAAAUGUCUCGUUACUCAGGGAUGAAUUUCCUUCAGUACGCUUUCCAAUUUGUUUUUAAAUUGAGGAAAACAGCAAUGUUUUGGUGUGGGUUUUUUUUUUCUUUUUUUAAUUUCAGUUACUACCACAGCACUGUUUCAUAGAAUAUGAACACGUUAUCAAGAAUUCAAUUCACGUUAUAGGGGACUGAAGUCCAGUUGUGAUAUGGAGAUAAAACCAGCUGGGUAAAGUUCUUAUUCUGGCUCACAUUGAAAGUUGAAUUUUCCUGGUUUGAUUGAGAACAGGAUUUUUCUCUUCAAAUCUCUUCAGUAGUUCAUGCUGACGGUAAAGUCAGCAUGUUAAAAAUAGGUGCAAUUGUUGUGCAAAAUCAAAAAAAAAAAAAGAAAAAAACCCACCUGUAUCUGAAGCUGGGCAACUCUGUAUUAAUUUAGCCUAGCAGGGGAUAUUAAUGAUUAGCAUUUGUUACUCUUUUGUCAAGAGUUAUUAAACUUUUUUGUGUGUUAAA